GGAGAUGUGCUCCGGCGGCGGCGGAUCGGUUUCUCGGGGUUUGACCAGCUGUCCCGGGCUAACCCUGCUCCUCGCUGAAGAUGGAGGAAGUAAAAACAGGAUUACCCUUAGCUACGGCUCCACCGCCUUAGUUCCCACCACCCGCCGCAGUGCACAAACACACGUUAGGCACAGGACAGAAAGCCCGAGAGAGGACACACUGACAGUAAACACACACAAAAGGGUGAUGGGAGUGUGGUACUGCAUGCGCUGCUGAGCACUGCACUUUGACUAUGGAAACAGAGGCUAUCGAUGGCUAUAUAACGUGUGACAAUGAGCUUUCACCUGAAAGGGAGCACUCCAAUAUGGCAAUUGACCUCACCUCAAGCACACCCAAUGGACAGCAUGCCUCACCAAGUCACAUGACAAGCACAAAUUCAGUAAAGCUAGAAAUGCAGAGUGAUGAAGAGUGUGACAGGAAACCCCUGAGCCGUGAAGACGAGAUCAGGGGCCAUGAUGAGGGUAGCAGCCUAGAAGAACCCCUAAUUGAGAGCAGCGAGGUGGCCGACAACAGGAAAGUCCAGGAGCUUCAAGGCGAGGGAGGAAUCCGGCUUCCGAAUGGUAAACUGAAAUGUGACGUCUGUGGCAUGGUUUGCAUUGGGCCCAAUGUGCUUAUGGUACAUAAAAGGAGUCACACUGGUGAACGGCCCUUCCACUGCAACCAGUGUGGAGCUUCUUUUACUCAGAAGGGCAAUCUUCUGAGACACAUAAAGCUACACUCUGGAGAGAAGCCCUUCAAAUGCCCUUUCUGCAGCUAUGCCUGUAGAAGAAGGGACGCCCUCACAGGGCACCUCAGGACCCACUCUGUGGGUAAACCUCACAAGUGCAACUACUGUGGACGAAGCUACAAGCAGCGCAGUUCACUGGAGGAGCACAAGGAACGCUGCCACAACUAUCUCCAGAAUGUCAGCAUGGAGGCUGCGGGCCAGGUCAUGAGUCACCACGUACCUCCUAUAGAAGAUUGUAAGGAACAAGAGCCUAUUAUGGACAACAAUAUUUCUCUGGUGCCUUUUGAGAGACCUGCUGUCAUAGAGAAGCUCACGGGGAAUAUGGGAAAACGUAAAAGCUCCACUCCACAAAAGUUUGUGGGGGAAAAGCUCAUGCGAUUCAGCUACCCAGACAUUCACUUUGAUAUGAACUUAACGUAUGAGAAGGAGGCUGAGCUGAUGCAGUCUCAUAUGAUGGACCAAGCCAUCAACAAUGCAAUCACCUACCUUGGAGCCGAGGCCCUUCACCCGCUGAUGCAGCACCCGCCAAGCACAAUCGCUGAGGUGGCCCCAGUGAUGAGCUCAGCUUAUUCUCAGGUCUAUCAUCCAAACAGGAUAGAAAGACCCAUUAGCAGGGAAACCUCCGACAGUCACGAGAACAACAUGGAUGGCCCCAUCUCUCUCAUCAGACCAAAGAGUCGACCCCAGGAAAGAGAGGCCUCCCCCAGCAAUAGCUGCCUGGAUUCUACUGACUCAGAAAGCAGCCACGAUGACCACCAGUCCUACCAAGGAAACCCUGCCUUAAAUCCCAAGAGGAAACAAAGCCCAGCCUACAUGAAGGAGGAUGUCAAGGCUUUGGAUACCACCAAGGCCCCCAAGGGCUCUCUGAAGGACAUCUACAAAGUCUUCAAUGGAGAAGGAGAACAGAUUAGGGCCUUCAAGUGCGAGCACUGCCGCGUCCUUUUCCUAGACCAUGUCAUGUACACCAUUCACAUGGGUUGCCAUGGCUACCGGGACCCACUGGAAUGCAACAUCUGUGGCUACAGGAGCCAGGACCGUUACGAGUUUUCAUCACACAUUGUUCGAGGGGAGCACACAUUCCACUAGGCCUUUUCAUUCCAAAGGGGACCCCUAUGAAGUAACAAACUGCACAUGAAGAAAUACUGCACUUACAGUCCCACCUUCCCUAAGAUGUUGACAUACCUUUUUUUUUUUAAUAUUAUUACUGUCAUUAAUUCUUAUUUUGUGGACGCAGUGUCUUUGCUCUGCCUAAUUACAAUUAGGAAGAAACAGAAGGGACAGGGACAGGGGAUCUUGAUUACUUGGCUUGUUUUGUGGGAUUUUAAGAGCAGUUCUUUUCUGCCAUGCAUAGAUAUAAGGCAUAUCGUGCUUUGGAAAAAAAUCGAUUGAUUCCUAUAGAUUCACCUAAGAGAUUCUGAUUUGCCACUGAUGUUCAGGAUUGUGAUUGAAGGCAGGAAAGUUUAGUUUUCUGGGUGGGACUUUCGCAGUUUAAAAUGGUAUAAGUAAUUUAAUGCUUCAAAGAAAAAAUUGUUUUAAAUUGUAAACUGUUUUGUUUUUCCUCUAGAGAUCAUGGAACAGAAACACAUUGUUACUUUCAGUGAUAACUCCUUGGAUGGGUUGUUGUCGUGGGUUCUAUGUUUACUUCCCCUAUGGAAUUUAUAACACAGUAUGUUACACUGUACCAGAUAGCAAAACUUUUAAACUACAGCUAGUUAAGGACGCCUCCAGUACAUCCGAGGUCCUAGGAUCUUAUUUUUCUAAACUUAAGCACUGUUUUUCCAUAGUUUUGAUGACUGGCAUUUUAUAGACACCCUGGCAGCCUUACUUUUAACACCUUUAAUGAAUAGUAUUUUUAUCUAGUUUUCAGAAUAACAUAUGGUCUAAGAGUGGCUAAGAGGCAGUCUGUAGUUUCCAGAAGGGACCUCUACUUUCAUAAAUUUGUUUGGGGAGUUUUCUUUUAACGUUGUAAUGUGAUGGCCGCAUAGUAUACAUAUUUGUUGCUAAAAGUGUGCUUACGAUUGUCACUUUAUCAGCAUUUAAUCAGUGUUAACCAGUCAGCAGAAAAAAUAUAAUUAGGCUAACAGUAGGGGGAAAAAACCAACUCAGAAAUCCCUUUUCUGGUAUAUUUCUCUUUUCACUUGUGUUUUUCAAGCUGUGACCACCCAGUGUUCUGUCCAUAGUCCAUUCAUCUUUUACUCUUCCAGCAGCAAACCUUAUAUACCUUACUAUAGGCUGUGUCUUUCAGACUCUCCUUGGAGCAAUUCCCGAUUUGAUCUGAAUGUGUAACUUGAAACCCCAAAGGUUAUGGAACUAGGGCUAUUUAUUCUAGCAUUUUUUCAAUAAUAACAUCUACCACUUUUGAUGCAGGGAAAGGGAACUUCUGUGUCUCUUAUACAUUGGACUAUAGAUCAAACAAACAAACAAAAAGCUUAUUUUUACAAACAAAAAGCUUUAUUCUUAGAGUAUAGGAUGUGACAGCACCUCCAAGUGAAAGUGACUGUGUCCAGCACUUUUUCGGUCUCAAAAUUUUUCAACUCUGUAUAAGUCCUUGUCAGAAAUGCAUCUCAGCUCCUUAGUACAGAAUUUCUCUUCCUUUAAUCAAUACAGGUCACCAUAGUCCACGCGCAGACUUUAAUGUCACGUGUGUGGGUGCUCUGUCUGUUCUUUGCAGUCCUACAGCGUUCGAGGGAAGCAACCUGGUGAGGUUGCUUCAGGUCAUCUGGGGGGCACAGUUGGAGGCAGAACUCGCUGCUUGUGUUCAGAGAGGGCAAGCCUGCCGGUGACUGGAUCCUCCGAGAACCAUUUAUGAAGACUGACAUUCGGUUAGCAGUCACUGAUAGCUGCUUUAAAGAAACACCAUUAAAUAGGAUGCAGAAACGAUGUUUCUUAAUACAGAGUGGUGUGAGAAUUAGCAAGACCAGAGAGCGAUGGACAGAUAAGCACCUCUGGUCUCGAUGCAGCUCUUUGCUCAUUUGCUGGUUUACCAUCUGCUUAUUUAAGCAACUUCUGAGCACCGACAGCCAGAGCCAAGCAAAAUGGUCCCCACUCAGCUCUCUUUUACUAGCCCCUGCUGUAAUUAUUCUUGGAGAAAUGUCCAAACUGUUUCCUUAAAUCUAAGAGAGGCACCAAAACAGAGAUGUGAAAUGUUUUAAAUAGAAUGUCAACUGUCAUUUUAUUUUCUCUUGCAUGCUUUGGUACAUUGGUGCAUUAAUAUACAGCUCAUUCAAAACUAAUGCAUGUCUUUGAGACCCUCCCCCCUCCACCCUAACCAAUCAUAAGUAAUUGAGAUUUUGUUUUUGCCUUUCGGUGGUAGGUAAAUCAUUUAAAUUAGUGAUUUUGUGUUUCACCGCAAUUUAAAGGAACAUUUGGGUGGCAGUCAGUAUGUUCAUAACUUUGGCUGUGUGUGAAUUCCUGCUGGCAUUGUCUCAAUUUUCUUCCUGCUUCCGAUUAAAAAAAAAAUUGUGUGAACAAUGAUGUACCUGCCCUGGGAUGAAAUUGAAUUUAGGAGGAUCUAAAGAGUUGUGUAGUGCCCCAUGAAGACAGGACUCAUGCACUCUCCUUUUGUGAUUGUAUCUUUUUAGGGAUCUAUUUUAUCGAAGGGACUUGGUACUUAUGCAAGUGCAUUUGCUACAAGUGUGUGCUUGUACUUUCUUAGCCUCAUGAUCUGAGGAACAGAAAGAGGUAAAGAUGGCUCAGGGUGUCGCUGGGACAAAUGAGGACAAGGUCGAUUCCAGUGUGUAGGUUAGGAAGAAUUUCUGUGGACACGGUGCUUUCUGGGAAAUCUGGAUGGCUAUAUUUGCUUGCCUCUUCUUCACUAAAGGAAAUAAGCAAGGUGGUAGCACCUAAAAAUAAGUAUGGGGGUCAGACACCAAAUAAGUCAAGUUUUAUAGAACAGUUUUAUGCCCAGUUUAUUCAGCUGGGAUUUUACAAUACAGAGUAUUUAAGGGGCAUAAAAAUGGGUUAGUUUCUGUGUUUUCCAUGUUGGCAAAAAUUCAGAAAUUCAUCAUACUGCAUUGCCCUAAUUUUGCCCAGAAUUUUCUCUCCAACUCUUGCUGGAGAAAUCUGCAGCCUCUCUCUAUUGGUGGUCAAUCACUUAAAAAGCCAUUCUAACCUGGCUUUUUACAACAGUGGAAGUGACCAAUCAGCAGAUCAGAAGCGAUUUCGAGUUGCUGAAACAUUCCGUUGAGAAUAUUCUAGAAGGACAAAAUGGGAGAAUAAGAGAGCAGGAUUUAGAUUUGGCUACAACGUGGAGGGUAUCUCCUACAUACAUACAAGCAAUUAUGUAUACACACAUACAGUCUUUUAAAGAAAAUGUAUAAAAAGAAGCAAUUAGAGUGGUCAGCUGUGUUGCAAGAGCAUAUAGAGAGCUAACUACUGUUAAUGCCUGAGCUUUCUUCUUACCAGAUUGUAUUAAGAAAUAUUAAAGAAGUUACUAGCGUGUCGCUAGGACUAUUUGGCAACUAUUGAAAGUUGCAACUAUCUACUUCAGAAGAAAUCAAAACAGUCAAAAAAAGUAGAGAAUUUAAGCUGAUUUUAUAUAAUCUCCAAAGAGAAGGAAACAAAUUACUUUAGGAUAGGAAGAUACAGAAGAAAAAAAAAACACCCCAACUGCUAUGUAAAUGACAGAUGGACAAAAACAAAAGAAUUUUAGUGAUUUUGGUAUUGUUUUGUGUGUGUUGUACACCUCACACAACCACCCUGAAGUCUUUAUGAUAUUUUAAUAUUUCACAAAUUUUAUACCAGUGAAGGCAUUUCAAUGAAAAUUGGUUUAUUUAUUUUCCACUGUUAAUUCAUUUUAUCUCCAAAAUCAUUCAUUAAAGUAGAAAAAGAAAAGGCUGCAAAAAUACAAACAAAAAUCUGUAUGGCCUUAGUUUCAAGACAGAACUUAGAUUAUAAGGUACUGGCUGUGUUAUUUUUCAACUUUAAAUUGUUCAUUUUUACAAAAAGGGAUGUUACGUUGCAUCUUUACUUACAUUCGAAAUAUUAUUGUAGCAAAUACUAUUUUAUUAAGACUAUUCUAAAACAGGAAUUCCCCAAAUGCACAGGAAAAAAAGAGUGGCGGAGAAAUUAUAGUUUGUAUAUAGGAAAGUUAUCUUAGAAAUGUUUUUAAACCUCCAGUUUCUGCAAAAUAAUUAAAAUAUACAGUAACUGGUCUCUUAAGAUUCUUAAUUUAAUGUAUUAAAUACUUACAAAAUUUUUUAUAUUGGUGCCUUUUUAAAAUGCAUUGAGAGAGUGUUGAUUAGCUGUUGUACCUCUACAACACUUUUACUAUGUAUUUUUAAAAAUCACUUAAAAUUGAGCACUAUAUAAUUUAUCUUCACAUUUUUAGGGCAACACUGUUAGAAGAAUUUUCAAUACAGAGACUUUCAGCUCAUCUGUGCAAAGUCAAAGAAAAUUUUGAAACCAGAUUUUGUCUUUUUAGUUAAAUAGUAUUUCUGAAUGCCAUUACAAGGCUAUGCUGGUGAAAUAUAAGGUAGAUGGAAGUUUUAGCUGUGAAUUGCAUUAUGGUAUGUGUUUUGUUUUGUUUUGUUUUGUUUUGAAGGAAAAAUAAGUUCUGAUAUCAUACAAGGCAUUAUUAGUGGGAUUUUUGCUCAAUAAAACAGAGUAUUGUUUGGAAUUUCAUCUAAGGACUAGCAUUGUGGUAGUCUUAGAACCUCAGUCUUCUAAUCUGUUAAUGUUUAAUGAAAUAAUGUAAAGAAGCAGGUAAUUAAUUCUCCUUGAACAAAACAAAACUGAACAGACAGAUCACACUGCUAUUCUCCAAAGCAUAAUCUCAAAUGGUUUCCUACCAUGGUUGUAUAUUACUUGCAAGGAAUGCAAGGAUAUGACAGCUUUUAAAAAAUAAAAAUAGUAACAAUAAGCUGCUUGUUAUACAAAGCAAAUGUCAUAUGACCAAGAAGCUGUGAUAUGCUAGUGUUUCUUUUCUCAUGGUGUAUUGCUAGGCCAAAUAAUGACACCUUAACUAUUUUUACAUUUUUUGCAGAAACCUAAAAUUUUGAAAUUUCCGUAAGGUUUUCAUGUAACAUUCUAUUUCUGGCUUUUUAGUUUUUUCUUGCUGUACUGUAAGUCUGUGGAUAUUUUUCACAUGCACUCUUAGAAAUAAGUUCUUAAUUCUGUUUAUGGGGUUUCUCUCCCGUAACAUUGCAUUUGUAUAUUUUCUGUAUAAAUGUGUUGUGAAAUAACCUUUAUCCCAUACAGAGAAUAGUAUGUGAAUGACUAGUUUUCUACGAUGUCCUUUUUAUUGUGAAUAAAAUAUAAAAUGUAGGGGCCCUCUGCUAAACCACGGAAAGUAUGGCAUAUAACUUCAUAUGGGUACAGACAAGCCAGUUUGCAGUCAAUUGGGCCUUCAAAUUACCUCAAGUGACACCCAGUAAGAAAAGCUUCUCUGAUGGGUGGAGGUCACUGAAUCCCCUUCUAUGCACUUAUCAGGAUUCUACUUAAUUUAAUUUACUGGAAAUGAAUUUAAAACAUUGAAUACACUGUAAUAAGGGAAGGACUCUGGGUUUUGUUUUUGUUGUUUUAUUCUUUUGUGUUUAUUUUUUUUAAGUAGUUCCAUUUCUGAAACUGUGAUUUUAAAAAAAAUGACUGCCAAGCACCCUCAGAUUUUGAACAUAAAUCAUGUCCCCUUCCUGUGUAACAAAUUCUCUUUGUUGUCUCUUCUUAAAUUUUGUCUGAUGUCCUCCACCCUUUUUCCUCUCUGUCCAUAUCGCUUCCAUCAUUGUCUUUGGGUGUCUCUGCCUCUCUUUUCUUUUCCCCCUACUAGUUUGAAGAUUAGCUCAAAUCCUAUUUCUAAUUCAUGGGUCUCUUAAGUCUUAAUUUUUUUGUGCGUGAUUUCUGUUGGCUGUAUAAUCUGCUGACAUAUUUUUAUACUCAAGUGUAGUUUUAUAUUUUAAAAAGUAGUUGGGAUAAAAAUGGUAAGAUAUAUAAUCUUUGUGUUACUUUCCCUUUCAAAUAUUGGAUACCUAAAAUAUGACUUCAGAGAUUACAUAAUCAUCAUAUAGUAUGUUUGCCUUCCUUUUUUGUUGAAUUUUGUGUUCUAAUUUGGUUUUUCUUCGAAAGUGUGUAUUAUGAGAGGUGAAACAAUUUUUGCAAAUAUUUAGGAAGAUGUUAAAAAUUUAAAGCAAAAGUCUUAACUCUUUCCCAGUUGGGAGAAAAUGCUUUAACAGUACUCUAAUGUUAUUCCAGGUUUAGAGGGGACACUCCAGGCUCCACAUUUGCUCUUACUAGUCGGACCUUUUAGACCAUGUGUUAUUUGCAAUUCUAGGAUGAUUGCUUCUGCUUUUAGUUUAAAAGAUAUUUUUCUUUUCUUUCUGUACAAGUGCAAUACUUUCCUUAAAGUCUUAAAAACUAUGGUUAUUUUUUUGUUUGUUUUCUGAACUAUUCUUUCUUUAGUUAAUGAAAAAAGAAACCCUUGAAAACCAUGGUAUGUUAGUCAAAGGACACAAAAAGCAAAGAGAAAAACACUCCUCAGUCAAAAAAAAAUCAGAGAAUGUACAAACCAUCGAUCUAAUCUCAUGGCACGUAAUUUAGGCUAAAUUCCCAUUGAAAUUAGAACUCUUUUGCCUGAGAAGUGUGUCCUCAAGUUGACUGAACUUUCUUCUUAGGCCCUUGCUUGAUGUUUUAAAUUAAAAACCUAAUAUUUUUUAUUUCGAUUUUCUCCUUUUGAAAAUGAACUUUAAAAUGAAAGCAAAGCACUUCGCUCCAUUUUAAACACUUGCCUAUCACUUAUUGGAGAAAAUUUUUAAGAAAUAUUUGGAGCAUUCCUGUUUUCAUACAAAUUUAAGUAAGAAGUAUUUUUCGUAUCAUACAUAUUUAUAUGCCAUUUGUUGGUUUUCUUUUUUUAUACCUGUGUCCCUGUAGUGAAACUGCUGUAAUGUAAAUACAUAUUUUGUUAAAAGAUGACAUUUCUUUGGCAUUUCUCUUAAAGGCAGUUACUGCAUUUGUACAGUAUAUGUCUUGGCCAUUUUAGAUUUUUUUUUCUUUAACAAUACCAAAGGUAAUUAGACUACUUUAAAAACUAAUUGCUUGACAGUUUCUAGGAUAUUUUGAGUUGUAGAGGCAAAAAAAUACAAAUAAAAAUAGGUCAAACCAGUAAACCUCAUUUUUUUUCAAACUAAUAAUUUGGGAAAAUAAAGCUAUUGUUUAAAAAAGAAAUAUAUAUAAAUAUAUAUGUAAAAUUGAAAUUCCAGACCUUGUAUGUCAGGUUUGCUCAGUGUAAUGUAGUUUUUUUAAGGCUCAAUUACCAUACCUCAGAAAAUGAGGUUUACUAUGGAAAUACUGAGACAGGCUUUGCAGCUGUGUGACAAGGCACUCUGCUACACACCAAUUUGGAGACCUCCAACAUCACUGCAGAUUAAAUUAUGGGACUUGUAUUUUCUUUGUUUUUAAUGCACACACAUACAUGUUCUGCACAUGUAUGUGGGUACCGUGUAUAUGUGUAUGAGUGUUGUAUAUGCAUGUGUGAGUGUGUGUCUGUAUGUGUGUACCACUAAAAAGCUGCAGAAACUUUGUAAUACUUUGUGAAAAGGAUUAUAUUAUAAAGGUUUGUACUGUCUGAGUGCACAGCUACUGGAAUAAAUUUAGGGAAUCUCAGGAACAAGCAUAUAAUUUGUCCAAGAUUUAUUUCUUCUCAGAAGUGUAAGUGCAGUUUUUAAUUCUGUAUAUUAUUUAAUAUUUUACCAAUAAAAUAAACUUCUGGCAUAAAAGUUUGCUAUAAAAA